AUGCUUAAAUUAUGUAGGAUAAAUCCAAAUUUAUAAUCAGAUCAUGUAUGGAGAGAUGAUUUAGAAUUUUAUAUUCCUUAAAUAUGUAAUUAUUUUGUAUUCCACGAAGAAUUAAAUAAUCAAUAACUAAAAGAUUUUUUAAAAGAAUCAGGAAAAAUAAGCUAUUUUUUUGCCCAUAAUUUAUUUUUUUAUUUAAGGAGUAUAUCAUAAACCAUUGAAAAAUAAAAGAUUUAAGAUUUAAUAUUAGUAUGGGAUGUACUAGAAGAAUUCUAUACUAUAUUUAGUUAACAUUUUUAUUGCUAAUAAUUAAAUACAAAUCAUAUUAUUAAACAAUUAUAAAUAAAUAAAGUAAAUAUUUUCGAUGAAAAAACAUAAUUGUAAUAAUAAUAAUAAGAGUAAAAUUUAUAUGGAUCAAUGUAAACUGAAGAAGAAUAAAGUUUAAAUUUUAAAUAAAUAAAAAUGCAAAAUUAUAUAGAGUAAGAUAUUUUUGGUAUUACGAAUGAUAAUUUGAAAAAAGAAUAUAUGAAAGAUGGAUUUAUUAGCACUAUUUGUUUUUUUAAUGAUAUUAUUGAAAUUUCUAAUAUACUUAAAGAUGCUGACCCUAAAAUUAUUUCGUUAAUACACGAGUUGACAAAAAUAAAUUAAUAAUUACCAGCUAAUAUAUAUAUUCCUUUUUUAAAAAAAAGUAUAAGAAAUCAUGUAGUCUUAAAUAUUGUAACUAGUGAAUGUAAAGUGUUUUCUUCAAAAGAAAGAAGUCCUUACUAUAUUUGUUUAGAAAUUUUUAGACCUGAAGAAUUAUUCGAUUUAUCAAGUGAAUAAACCUAUAUUGAAGAAAAAAAUAAAAAUGGGAUUACUUAAUAAAUUAAAUGGUUAUAUGAUUAUAUUUUAUCUUUACCAAUAACUCUUGAAACUGGUGAUAAUAUAAAAUAAGAAUAAUUUGCAAUCUAACUUAUUUAAUAAUUCCAUUAAAUUUUUAAAAUGGAAGAUCUAAAUAUUAAAUUAACACCAUAUGAAAUUGUUUCAAUGGGACCUACAUCAGGAAUUAUAGAAAUGAUUAAAGAUUCUGUUACCUUGGCUGAUUUAAAGAAAAACAUAUACACUUAUUAUAAAGAAAUUUCUGAUUUAAAUAAUUUCUUUGAAGUAUUUUAUGGAGAUGAUUUAAAAAAAGCUUAAAAAAAUUUAAUUUCCUCAUUAGUAGGAUAUAGUUUAGUAUGUUAUUUUUUACAAAUUAAAGACAGACAUAAUGGAAACAUAUUAUUACAUAAAGAAGGUCACAUAAUACAUAUAGAUUUCGGUUUUUUUUUAUCAAAUGCUCCUGGUAAAGGUAUAGCAUUCGAAUAAAAUGUUCCUUUUAAACUCUUAUCAGAAUACAUUUAAAUUUUUGGAGGCGUAGAAAGUAAACUAUUCUAAAAAUUCAGAAAGCUUUUUUUCAAAGGAUUCUAAGCAGCAUGUAAACAUCAAGAUAAAAUCCUUAUUUUAGUUAAAAUGCUUUAUUCUGGACAUGGAACUACUCUGCCAUGUUUUUAAAAAGGAGAAUUAUGUAUAUAGGAGUUGGUUUAGAGAUUCAAUCCACCUAAUGUUACUAAUGAUGGGGAUUUAAGUAUUCAUUGCAAUAUGUUAAUAAAUUAAUCUUUGGAUAAUUGGAGAGCUAGAUGGUAUGAUAAAUGGUAAUACUUUUGUUAAGGAAUUUUUUAUUGA